AUGUAUGGUGGAUCUAAUCACGGGAUAAAAUCAAUGACAUUUUUGUUUUCACUUACUGAUAAGGACUCCAGUAAAACACGAUAUGGGAUAUGUACAAAUUUCUUAAGACCUGUUAGCUUCUAUGCUUCAAACAAAGAUACAUCGUGUGACUCAAAGUUUGAUUAUCAGCAUGGAGCUGCCUUCACAAAUGGACCGAGUGGUUCCGGAGACAAUCCGAACAUCAUACGCGCCAGUCCACCUGACAAUGGAGCAGAACCGUCGAAGAAUGCUAGCAGGAAUUACAGCCUAACUUCCAUUUGUCUAAUAACUCACUAUCCUUUCGCAACAACAUUCACACGUUUGGUGCAGUGUGUACAUACUGUCCUGAAAAAGCUACACAAACUGUCAAAAUCGUACUGUGUUGAAAGUCCAAGCAUUUGGGAUGUAUUAACAAGUAAUACAACUUUAUCGUGUUCUAUUCCUGUUGCGGAAGGUUUACGUCAAUUUCAAAUGUGGUUACUUCGCCUUCUUAGCGCACCUGCACCAAUACCUGGCUGUACAUAUGUUAAUCUUUCUAUUCAGCCGAAUGAUUCAGGAACACCUCCAUGUUUUGCUCUCCCUGAUCAAUCACGUCUUCCAUUAGUUGAUUUUCCUAUAAAUUUACCAUUUGAAAUUAUGGGUAUUCGAAAAACUCUUCGUUUGAUUAUAUGCUUACUUUUGGAACAAAAGGUGGUUUUACAAUCAUCGGAUUAUAAUAAAUUAUCGUUAACAAUCUUGGCACUCGUUGCACUCUUAUAUCCGCUUCAAUACAUGUUUCCAGUUAUUCCAUUGUUACCUGCAUGUAUGCCAGAUGCUGAACAGCUCCUCCUGGCGCCUACUCCUUAUUUGAUUGGUGUACCAACAGCUUUCUAUACUGCAAGGAAGAUAUUUCGUAUGCCAAAAGAUGUCUGGCUAGCUGAUUUGGAUACUUGUGAACUCUCCUAUCCUAUGGUCGUUGAUGAAAUCCCAGAAUUACCUGAAAUAGAAAGUAACAUACUUGUCAGUCAUCUAAGAAAGUUACUUCAUGAGUUUUCAAGCUCACCGAUAAUCGAUUUAGAUUUAGAUGAAUCAUCUAAGCAAUGGUCUCAUUCAUCAGCACGUGCAGGCGCCUUAGAAUUGUCGAAAUUUGAUCCGUUACUGUAUACGCUUACAAGAGAUUCUGUUGAUGUUGCUAUACGUGUGUCAAUGAUUCUAUUCUUUAAUACAAGCAACGUUCUAGGAGAAUUCACCAAUCAUAUACGUACUCUACGAUUAUUUCCACGUCCAGUAGUUGCAUUUCAAUAUGAAGGUUUUAUGAAAUCUCGUCCAAAACCGUGUUUAUUCACUAGUAUGUUGGCAAAAACUCAGGCUGUUGAAUAUUUUGCUGAGUCGUCGGUUUCUGCACAGAAUGAGGCGUAUCAACGGAUCAAUUCAGGAGUGUAUUCAGCUGAAUUAAUCGGUGAUAAAUUCUAUUGGUAUAAAAGUCAACUGAAACCUGUGUAUUUUAAUUGUUGGGAUAAAUUGUUAGACGAUACAAGUACAAUGGUGGAGACACCAACACUGAGGAAUUCCACACCGAAUCCACAUCAGUGUUUAUUAUUACUUCAAGCUUUUGAGACAGCGAAAUUCACUUUUCACAGGCAAUACUCUGAGGAUGUUAGUAUGGAGAAUACUUCAACUGCAACAUCAACAGCUGCUGCUACGGAUUCGUCUAAUGAAUCCAGUAUGGAUUAUUUUAGCGGAAUAUUCAAAACAUAUUCACAGGAUACUGAUUCCAUAAAUUCGCAUGAAACACUCUCAUUGAAUACACCAACACCUGAUAUCACUGAAGAGUGUAUUCUUGUUGAACAGAAUAAACCAUUGCCGAUUGCUUUAGCUGAAUAUUAUACACCUCCAAAUGAAAUGGUAUAUCCUAAUGAAUCAGAUGAUAAUUGGAAUAUAUCACCUAGACAACGUAAUGAUAGUGUAUUAUCCAAUUUCGGAAGUGAAUCGACUGAGUCUAUCAGAAGUGUUCAGCGAAAUGCCGAAGACAGAAAGCCUUCUGGAACACCAUCAGAUAUAUUGUCGACCUCGAAUAAUGACACUAUAACUAGAUCGUCUAUUUCAUCGAAACGAUCAACUGGUGAUACUCUACAACUGAUAUCACGUUUAUCCCAGUCAUUCUUGAUGAUCAACGGAAAUGAUGCCAAUAGGAAAAGAAGUACACCGGCUAGUUUUACAACUGCUGAUGGUGACAGUGAUAAAUUAAACUGGGAUGCAUCUUUGACCUUAUUGUUUGGUGAUUUAAUGAAAUCAAAACACUUUAAAAGUUUAACCUUGAAAGAUGUACCAAUGUCAACUGUACAAAUGUAUAAAAAGAGAUUAGAAAAUGAGCGUGCAAUUAUCGAUUUAGCUCGAUCAAUAAAACAAGGUCGUAUACCAAAUAUAUUUUCACGUAAUCAUAUCUCUACACUCUUACAAGAUGAGAAUUAUCGCAAUUUACUAAUUGCACGGAUUAAUCGUAAUUUAGAAAAUGAUGUACGAUUUAAUCAACAACAUAUCGAUGAUAUGCCUAUGGAACAUUGGAAUCAAUAUAAAGCACUUGUUUGGGCUCUUAAACAAAUGAUCACUGGUUUAGAGUAUAGUUUUCGUUCAGAUAUCACCUUUCCAACUACAAAUCAUUAUGAUCGAAUGCAUAGAGAUAAAUCUCCUUCACGAAAUAAUAUUAAUAAUAAUUAUAAUAAUAAUAUUCAAGCAACACUGAGCAGUGGUCGAUUCGGAUUCUCUACAGGUGUACAAAAAACUGGUGGUUUUGCUUCAGCUUUCAUGUUAAUGGAAAUAGCACAUACACACUUUUAUCGGCUACCUAAUCGUUCAAGUCAUGGUAAUCCUACAACAACUGCUUGUCCAGAAAUUAUUUGGAAUAGUAUGCCAACUACACCAAUAGCUGAGAUGAGAUCACCUGUAUCAAGUAGUAAACUAAUGAGUAGUGGAGCUAUUCCAACUAUUCAUUAUCCGAGUAAUCGACUAGACUUAUCAGAUUCUGAGGCGUACAACAGAAGUCCGAAAACAGAAUCAUUUCGUCGUGGUCGUGAAUUUACUAAUAUUAUUGUUUCAAUGAGUGAACCAUCAUCAGAUAGAGAAGACAACGAGCAACAUCGGCAUCAUUCUAUUCGGUCAACAAAAGGUCUGUUACGCUCAGACAGUCUUAGUUUAAGUAAACAGGAUUUCAAGUUAACUGCUGAUGACUAUCAAAUGGCUUAUAAAGCUGUGGCCGCUACUGCUUCAGGUUAUGAUAGUGAUAGUAAUUGUUAUACUGGUGUCAAAUCUACAGGAAAUGAUAGUAGUAAUAAUAAUAAUAAUAAUGAAAGUAUUGGGAAACAUUUGGAUAGUUCAUCAACUAUGAAACUUCAUGAUUCUUUGAGCCAGUUAACUGAGAAUGAUAUCCCAACGGAAUAUAUACGUGAAUUACCGGUUUUUAAAAGUCAGAGGAGUUUCGGAUACAGAUAUCACCAAUCGCAUUUAAUUCUAACUGACUUAACAAUGGAUCCAAUUUCAAUGUAUGAAAGUGCUGAUACAUCCUAUGCCGUAUCGGCUUCUUCAUUUAAUACAUGCACACCGCCGGCUAUUUAUCGUCCUGAUAUAAGGUUUCACUUUAAUGACUCCAGUACAGAAGAACAAGAUGAACAACCGGAUCAUCCUCCUCCUCCUGCUCCUUCUCGUCAUUCUCAGGUGGUAGAACAAGAAAAGUCGCAGUUAAAUUCACCUAAACAACAUAUGUGUCGACUUAAUCUGUUACCGACAACUCCACCUCCUCCGUGUCCGCUAUCACCAUCUUCAGUGUCAACUCCAUCUAUUAACUCGACAAUAUCAACAACAACAUCGGCAUUCCAAAGGAAAAAAGUUCCUUGGACGUAUAUUUUUGAGGAUGUUUUCGAUGCUGAAUGGCAAAAAAGUAAACUAUGGGGAAAUUUACAAUUCUGGGAGGAUUCAUUCCUUGAUGCUGUUGCCCAGGAGAGAGAUAUUUUAGGUAUGGAUUUUCAACCGAAAGAACUAUUGUCAAAAUAUCAAAGUUCAUCUUUGCUUAAACGUAAACAAAUGGAAUUAGCUGAAGACUGUUUACUAGUCAAUGUAAUGCAUAAUAUGAUUGCAUUUAUGCUGAUGGCUAAUGUGGAUCGUCUACUAAUUAGAAAAAAACUUCAACGUCUACUGGCUAAAAGUCAUACAGGCUUACAUUAUUCACGUAAAAUUGGUGAUCUGUUGAAUUCCUUGAAUUAUCUUAACGGUAAUGAUAUUGAUUUAAAUGUGGCACAAAGUCGUUUCAUUGUCCAACGUUCACAUGAAGCUUAUCGUGGUUCAGAUGACAGUGGCGAACUUAUUUUUAUUGAAGUAUGUUCUGAUUAUCUUUUAAUUCGUAACUUGUCUGGACGUAUACUGGAACGAUUAUGGUACGAUCAAAUUAUAAAUAUGACGUAUCGAUCUCAUUCGCAUAUUUUAUGUAUUACACGACAAAUUGAAGGUCAUUCACAAAUGGAUUUAUUUUAUACACGAAAAUCUCGUUUAGUAUAUCAACAAAUCAAAGAAGCUAUGAAGCAUAUUUCAGUGGAAGCUUCUCAUGGAAUUUUAGAUGGAGAUUUAGAUGGUGAGAUUAAUGCAGUCAAUGUGGACAACAAUCAACCGGGCACUAUCAGUAUCCUAUCAGAUGGAUUUGUGAUUAAAUUUGGUGAUGAACAGAAAUUUAUCAAACUGCAUAACAUUAAACGAUGCUGUACAAUAAAAUCGGAAAUAUUCACAAUUGAUGUUUAUGAUCCAGAGAAAAAGAAAAUGCUCACUUAUCGAUUUCAAACGGACAUGAAUGUUAAACUGUUUCAGAAUUUCGCAUCUCUGUUCACAGUUUCAUCGUUUGCUGACUAA